AUGCCAGACUUUUCUGAGGAAGGGCUGGACCACUACCUACUGAAUCAAGUGAGGAUCAUAUGCUGCUACGUAGUGUGUGUCGUGGUUAUCGUGUUGAUUAUCAUGUAUGUGUGGAAUUGUGGUUGUGUGUUAGGUGGACCUGCGGCACCGUACAGUCGGCAGGCGUGUUGAGGAGGUUCUGAUGGUGGUCAGAGAUCUGACCGAUGAGGUCAGCAAGAAAGACGGACGCUUCCAGUCCAUCGCCCACGCUGGAGUCAACAACGAGAACCUCAAGGUAACACAACGACUUUCAUUUCUUACACAGAUGGGUAUUCAGUAUGUCUGUCAAUCUACAGAAUUAUGGGAUCCCAGCUCAGUGUGUGUGUGUACAGGACCAGCCUGCCAUGGUGUCUAAAUGGGCAGCCCUCCUGAGAGGCAGAUGUUCCUUCAACCCAGCCAUCCAGGUAAGGCCCACUGUGCUCGGUGUAUUAAUAUUCUGUGUGUGUCUGUGAGGGAUCUGAUGGUUGUAUGUGCAUUUGUGUGUAGGUCCUGACUCCCAGCCUGGUUUUGGUGAGUGUUCCGGUGAGGGGGUUGAUUGGAUAUCAUGAGCAUGUGACUCGUCAGUGGAGAUACUAUUCUCUGACUGGCUCCAUUCUCCCCACUCCUGUCCGCGAGCCAGAGAAACUCCACCAAUGGCUGGAGCUGGAUAGCUUCACAAGCCCCGCCCAGGACUGGCAGGUGGGACGUCAUAGAGCAGUGCAAAUAGUUAGCCAGUUAAAUGUUCUAAAUAUUCUUAAAUAAUGCAAUAUUUUGUGUGUGUGUGUGUAUGUCUUUUACAGCAGUGGUCACUAGUCGAUCUUCAAGGUAUUCCUAGUCGAUCACCAAACAUUUCUGUAGAAAAGCCAACGACAAAGGCUUGCACUCCUUUUUAAAUACAAUUAUUUGUCUUGCGCGGUUGGUGGUAGAUGCACUUGAUUCAGAAGCCCUGCGCAGUGGGUAGGCAAAGUGUUCCCAUUUUGAACCAUUUCAUUUGUCUGAAGGGACAAACCCCGCCUACCUGACGACCUCACAGCAAAGUUUCAUACUAGCCUACGUCAGAUUUUGUAACUUUUAAAUCUAUGACCAGAGAGAGACUGUCGAAGAACACAUCAAAGAGCUGCUGUUUUUAUGAGUGAGUUAAUGUUUAAGUUUUUAUUCAACACUUUUACAAAACAUAAAACCUGCUUCUCCCUACUUCCUCUCGCACUGCAGCUGCAAUGAAUGAGUAGCCGAGUGUAUCGAAUGUGCUGCAUUUUUAUAAUUAGCAGUUCGUCAUGUCUAUUUUAAUAUCGAGGAAUUUUUCAUAUGUUCUGGUCAUAGGAACAACAUGAAUUUGUGCAUGAGGCAGAUGCGGUGCGACUCGAGUUUCCCAAUCAGGUGGAAGACGGUGUUCCCCUUUCUCUGGUCAGUCUCACUAGAGGAAAGGAAAGAGCAUGGACCUUGAGAGGCGGACCCUCUGCUGCUCUCUCCCUCCCUCUCUCUGCUGAGACUGACCAUCAGAUGCAGGUACAAUCAGUCCAGUCAUAUAAAAAAGCAAAUUAUUUCAAUUUAUGCUCAGUUGUUCCUCGCAAGUGAUAUACCAACUGAUCUAUUUUCUUAUCAAAGCUCGAGUUUUGAAAUAUAAUAUGGUCUGAGAAGAUCAAUAUUGGCAGGCCAAGCAUAUAGCCAAUAUGCUGUGAUGAUGUAUUAGGCCUACUGCACAAACCUCAUUCCUACCAAACUUUUUAUUAGGUUAAUGUUGCAUAGGCUUGUUUAAAAUCUGAGCAGUAGAUCUCAGUUUGCUUUUUGACUGAGAAAGUGAUCUUCACUCUAAGGUUGGUGACCACUGUUUUACAGGAUGCCAAAGUGUGUGUGGAGGGAGACAUUGUACCGGCCAAGGUGGUCAGUCUCUUCAGAGAACAACUAGAGACCGCCAUACUGACAUGCAGCUUCAGUGGUGAGUGUGUGGCGGGACGGGACGGAAUGGGGCAGGGCAGGCCGGGCAUUAGACUGAUCAGACCUCCCACACACUGGAAAAGCUUUCAGUCACAUCGAAUACCUCUACCGCCACAAGCAACAUACACUCACACACACACACACACACACACUGGCCACAGUGUUAAUGAUAGGUGUUGGGCCAGAGUAAAAUCUAUAUACUGACCAGGCCACACGGACACUGAGGUCAAAGGCUUCCCUCGUAGCAAAAGUGCACACGCACACAUUCUAACCUGAUCCUGUGUGUGUGUGUGUGUGUGUGUGUGCGCGCAGGUAAGGUCAGCAUCUUGGAGUCUGUGGGUUCUGUAGUGCGUGUUGCCAUAGAGACGGCGGAGGGUGUGAUGGAGGCAGAACUUGUUCCCACAGUGGAGCUGAUCAACUAUUGGCCGAAGAAGGCCCGCUGGCCCCGCCUUCUGCAGCGCUGGCCAACCACAGAGAGAGCUCGCUGCAUCAAGGUCUCAGCUGGGAAUCAUGCUUUCUAACCCCUAUAACAUUCUACACCCUAACUUACUUUCUCUCUAUCUCUCCCUCUCUCUAGUCGUUUGGGUUUAACCUCAUGGCAACGUCUAACUACCACUGGCUGUUGUCGUUCUCUCGGGCGGAGCAGGCGUUGCUAGUGGGCGUUGACGAGGACGGUGGUUGCCGUAGGAAGUGUUACCGUGUUGUCAGACAGCUGAAGGAGGACGCCUGGUGUCCCGGCACCAAGCCUGUCAUCACAGCCUUCCACCUGCAGGUACCCAAUCACAACACAGCGUCUCUGCCAAAGGACUGCCCCCUCCUCAUCAUACAGCCUCAGUUAACCAAUCAACUCUCACCCUUUCAGAUGUUCAGAAGUUAUAUUAUAUAUUUGUGGUGUACAUAGUCAUCUCUCUCUGUGUCUCUCUGUCCCCCCCUCUCUCCCUCUGCAGACUCUGUUGUUCUGGUGCUGUGAGAAGUUUCCAUGUGGGCGUGACUGGCACUGUAUAAAGGAGUGUGUGCUGCGUGUAGCCAGGAAGCUGUUGAAGUGUGUGAGCCAACGCUACCUGAGACACUACUUUGUCCGCUCCUACAACCUGCUGAAGUACAGUAACACCACAGAGUUAGACCACACAGCCCAGAAGAUCAAUGACUUUAUAGCCAACCCCAGCCUCUAUGUCCACUAAACACUGAUUAUUAACACUACUCUUCUAGCGUGAUGCUUUUAUUACUAUUAUACUUGUCUAUCCUAAUGUCGCAAACAUAAAACCAAUACAAGGUUGUGUUCUGUAGGGCACAGCAUACCAAAACAUUUGUAGCAGUACGAUUUUUCUGAGUCAAAUUCCUGUACAUUAAAAUGUCUAUGGUGAAUAAAGAUGAUUCUGAUUCACAGCAUAGCAAAGCAUUUUGCAUCAGGUAAUGAACAAGUGUUUUUUAUUCUGUACCUAAAUAAAGUUG